CCAGUGCGCAGGCGCGGCGGCCGAUGCGAGUGUGUAUGUGCGGGCGAGAAGAUGGCGGCGGCGGGGGAAGCAGCGUGAGGAGCCGGGGAACCCCGAGUCUCAUUGAAACGGGCCACGAUGGCCCUCCACAACCCGCAGUAUAUUUUUGGAGAUUUUAGCCCUGAUGAAUUUAAUCAGUUCUUUGUGACUCCUCGCUCUUCAGUUGAGCUUCCUCCGUACAGUGGAACAGUUCUGUGUAGCACGCAGGCUGUGGAUACACUACCCGACGGACAAGAAUAUCAGCGAAUUGAAUUUGGUGUUAAUGAAGUAAUUGAACCCAGUGACACUUUGCCGAGAAGCCCCAGCUAUAGUAUUUCAAGCACAUUGAACCCUCAGGCCCCUGAAUUUAUUCUUGGUUGUACAACUUCCAAACCAAGCCCUGAUGGCAUAGAUAAGGAAGCAAGCUACAGUUCCACUGACUGUCAUUACCCAGGCUCUGCCCUUGCUGAGGAUAGCAGUUGCAGUGUGGAGGUAGAGGUUCUAGAAAACGAUGGUGUCUCAGGUGGUCUUGGACAAAGGGAGCGUAAAAAGAAGAAGAAACGGCCACCUGGAUAUUAUAGUUACUUGAAAGAUGGUGGUGAAGAUGGUAUUUCCACAGAGGCCCUGGUCAAUGGCCAUGCUAACUCAGCAGCUGUGAGCAUCAUCAGCAUAGAGGAUGCGGAGUUUAUGGGUGACGUGCCUCCAUCGGUUACGCCCAGGACUUGUGACAGCCCUCAGAACUCCACGGACUCUGUCAGUGACAGUGGGCCUGAUGGCUCUUUCCCCGGAGCACUCAGUGGUGACACCAGGACUGCAGAGCAGCCUGAAGGGGUCCAUGGGACUGAUUUUGAUCAGUCCUGCUUCCCUGGAGAGGCUGGCAGAGACAACCUGUUAAGGACAGCUGGGGCUCAGCCCUAUGUUGGUACCAAUACUACUGAAAACCUUGGAGUUGCUAAUGGACAAAUACUUGAAUCCUCGGGUGAGGGCACAGCUGCCAAUGGAGUGGAAUUGCACACUAUGGAGAGCGUAGAUUUGGACCCAACUAAACCCGAGCGUGCUUCACCGCCUGCUGACGGCGUGGUCUCUGUGUCAGGCGCCCUUCCUGUCCGCCAGCCCAAGUCCUGGGCCAGUCUCUUUCAUGAUUCUAAGCCUUCUUCCUCUUCGCUUGUGGCUUAUGUGGAAACCAAGUAUUCUCCUCCUACCACAUCUCCCCUGGUCUCUGAAAAGCAGGUUGAAGUUAAAGAAGGGCUUGUUCCGGUUUCAGAGGAUCCCGUAGCCAUAAAGAUUGCAGAGUUACUGGAGAAUGUAACCUUAAUACAUAAGCCAGUGUCAUUGCAACCCCGUGGGCUGAUCAAUAAAGGAAACUGGUGCUACAUUAACGCCACACUGCAGGCAUUGGUCGCAUGCCCUCCGAUGUACCACCUGAUGAAGUUCAUUCCUCUGUAUUCAAAAGUGCAAAGGCCUUGUACAUCAACACCCAUGAUAGAUAGCUUUGUUCGGCUAAUGAAUGAGUUUACUAAUAUGCCAGUACCUCCAAAACCCCGACAAGCUCUUGGGGAUAAAAUUGUGAGGGAUAUCCGCCCUGGAGCUGCCUUUGAACCCACGUAUAUCUAUAGACUCCUGACCGUGAACAAGUCGAGCCUGUCUGAGAAGGGUCGCCAAGAAGAUGCUGAGGAGUAUUUAGGUUUCAUUCUAAAUGGACUUCAUGAGGAAAUGUUGAACCUAAAAAAGCUGCUCUCACCAAAUGAUGAAAAACUUACGAUUUCCAAUGGGCCCAAGAGCCACUUGCUUGAUGAUUAUGAGCAGGAGGAGCAAGGCGAAGGAAGUGAGGAUGAAUGGGAGCAAGUCGGCCCCAGGAACAAGACUUCAUUCACCCGCCAGGCAGAUUUCGUUCAGACGCCCAUCACCGGCAUCUUUGGUGGACACAUCAGGUCUGUGGUUUACCAGCAGAGUUCAAAAGAAUCUGCCACUUUGCAACCAUUUUUCACGUUGCAGCUGGAUAUCCAGGCUGACAAGAUACGUACGGUCCAGGACGCAUUGGAAAGCUUGGUGGCAAGAGAAUCUGUCCAAGGUUAUACCACAAAAACUAAGCAAGAGGUUGAAAUAAGUCGAAGAGUGACUCUGGAGAAACUGCCUCCUGUUCUUGUGCUGCACCUGAAGCGGUUUGUUUAUGAGAAGACCGGUGGAUGUCAGAAGCUUAUCAAAAACAUCGACUAUCCUGUGGACUUGGAGAUUAGUAAAGAACUUCUUUCUCCAGGGGUUAAAAAUAAGAAUUUUAAAUGCCACAGAACAUAUCGGCUGUUUGCAGUGGUCUACCAUCACGGCGGCAGCGCCACAGGGGGUCACUACACUACGGACGUCUUCCAGAUUGGUCUGAACGGCUGGCUGCGCAUCGAUGACCAGACAGUCAAGGUGAUUAACCAGUACCAGGUGGUGAAGCCAACUGCUGAACGCACAGCCUACCUCCUGUAUUACCGCCGCGUGGACCUGCUGUGAGCUCCUGUGCGCUGUGUGUGCCCGGUGCCCGCUUUGUAGAACUCCAUCUCUCACUGACUUCCCGCCUCUCUUUAGUGGCUCUAUAGAGAGAAACUCUCCCUUUUGCAAAAAUGGGCUAGAAUGAAAAGGACUUGCCUUGGGCUUUGUGCACAACCUAGCUAUGUUGACUUCUAACUUCCAAAUCAUCUGGUUGAAACAGACUGUUGGCUUGAUUUUAGAAUAUAUACAAAACCCCAUAUUUCUGAAAUAAUGCUGAUUCCUGAGACAAGAAAGUGGAACUUGCAUUUGAUUCCCAGCCUAAUUGCUUAGUAGCAUAAAUCCUGCACCAGCAACACUUGUAAAUUUGUGAAAAUGAAUUUUAUCUUUCCUUAAAAAAGAAAUUUUUUAAUCCAUCACACUUUCCUCCCCACCCUUUAGUUUUUGAUAAACAAUAAAAAUGAGCCAGUUAUCAAAGAAGAAAUAGUUCUUACUUCACAGAAAAAUAAACACAAAAAUAAGUUGCUGGUUCCUAAUAGGAAGAAUAGGUUUUGAUAAUUGUGCAAUGAGAAACUGCUUACGUACACAUUGCAGAUCAAAUAUCUGGAGUUACAAUGUUAGUCUCCAUAGAUGGGUGAUUGUAACUUUAUUGCCAUUAAAAGAUUUCAAAUUGCAUUCGUGCUUCUGUGUGCACACGAUGAGAAGUGGGCACCGUGGUGAAGACUGGUCUUUCCUGCGUCUCUGUUAACUUUGCUGUCUGCUCUUCUACGAUGCUGCGUCCCUAACUGUACACAGUGUAGUGAUACCUAGGAGUAUAAAGUCGUCGCCCAUCAAUAAAAAUCACUAAGUUGGUUUAAAA